AUGUUAGUUAGUGGUCGGCUUUUUAGUCAAGUAGACGACAAUCAGACGCAGGUACCGCUCGCCCUAGGCCCGGGGUCGCGGCGCUCGUCCAGUCCGACCAGUACGACCAAUCCGACCAGUCGGGUAUUUACGUCUGGUUGCCACCAAAAGUGUAUUGUGUUUCAGGAGGAUUCGUAUUCAGACGACGACUCCGGCACCGAAGAGGUUUCCGAUGCCGAGGAUUGA